UCCUCCGCUUUUAUUUAUCUUUACUCCAAGUCUCUACCACCGCUUUCUCCACCCUCUCUCUCUCUCUCUGCCUCUUUCGGGAAUAAUAAGAUUCCCUCCGGCGGAGGAGAGCUGGUUUUCUCCCUCCUCGUUUCUGAGGGUGAAGCAAGAAGGUUCGUCAUGGAGGGCUUCUCGAUCCGGGAGUACACGGAGAAGAUGAGGAGCGUGGACUUCGAGAAAUGCUGGCCGUUCAAUUGGGACGGUGAGGGAGGAGAGACGGGGCGGUCGCUGCCGCCGAUCUUGUCGCGGAAGUUCAGAUGGUGGUCCGACGAGCUUCGGGCGGCGCGAUUGGCUGCUGAGAAGCCGGAGGGAAUCGAUGCCAGGGUUGGGCUGGAGAAGAACGCGGAUGAGAAGGUGAUUCCAAUUCCUAUCAACGAAUCCAUGAUCGAAACCCCUCCCGUGGAGCCACCGGUGGAUGGGAACCCCGUUGAGGCGGCGGCGAUGGCGGUGGCGGUGGCGGUGGAGAAGGAGGGGAAGCAGGUGAGAGUUCCCUCGAGGGGGAAGCAAAGGGCGCCCAAGAAGCGGUCCAUCGUCGAGCUGUUUGCCGUGGCGCCGCCGGUCGAUACCUUGGAAGAUGACGCCAGUGGCAGUGACGUCGGACGAGAAGCAGACAGAGAAGAUGGGGAAGAAAGAGAUCAACAGGUGGAGAUGAGGGAUCUGGGAUCCGGGGAUAAGAGCGGUGGAGAGUCUUUGGAGGCGCUGAGGAAAAGAAAGGUACUGGAUAUGAAAGACGAUGAGAAGAAGCAGGAGAAGGUGAGGAAGAUUAAGGAAAAGAUCGGGAAGAAGACGAAAAAGAAGAAGCUCAAGGUCGAGAUCUGCGCUGCCAAAAAGGAGAAAAUUGGCAAGUCCAAAAUGCCAUCUCCAGUUGAUAUUUCUCACAUGCUUCAGAACAAAUUGCAUGACAAGCGGCUCAAGAAGAUACGCAGGAACCUUAUUGAUGGGCAAAAGAAGUCUGUUACUGUAAAGAGUUUACCAAAGAAACAUAAUCUUAAACUUAUUCAAACUUCAAAAUUGAUCUCUAGGAAUCAGAAGGAGGUGACAAGGAUGUUCCCACUACGUAGUAUUCUCAAGAACCGGAAAGGAGGCACUUCUAUCAAGAAAGGAAAGACAAUAAGUGAUACUCAGGAUAGAAAUUUCAUCAAACUUUGUUGUAAAUCAGCAAAGCAUGUCAGUUUUUCUGGCAAGGAUGACACAUUUGGGCUAAAAAGAAGAUGUUCUACUAUACAGUUGCCUCACUUGCAAAACCUCUGCAAAAUAUUCUCCGAUGUCUUGGCUGCAUCAUCAGCUAUGGACAAUUUGAGCAAAGGUGAUAAAUGUCCUCAUAUUGAGGGAGCUCAGGUGGUGAAUGCAAGUGAUAAAGAUUUGGCUAGAAGCAAUGUAGAGAGGUCAGAUGGAACUCUAUCUGAAGAGAAACAGUCAAAUGGUUCUUAUGAUCAUGCCAUCCCCCAUAGCUUUACUGAUCCCAGCAAAAGGAAGUCUCCUGAAACAAAGAGGACCCCCUUGUCUGAAGCUGUAGACUUAAACCAUGCUGUACAGGAUAUUAGUGAAUUGAGUUGUUUGAGCCUGAGCUCAACUAUGUCACCUACUCAUGCUUAUUCAGGUGACACAAACGUUCUGAAUCCUAUUCAUGAAGCUGGGUCGAGUUGUGAUGCUAGAACUCAUAGGGAAGAAAGUUCUCAAAGGAUGUCAAAUGCUAUAGUAAAUCUGCAUGGUCCCAUUGGAAAGUGUGUACCAAAGUCUACCGCAGCAAGCUCCCUAACCCUAAGCAGAAGUCCAAUUUUACAGCAUUCACCAUCUUGUCUGGAAAAAGGUUCGGAAGCCAGUAAGGAACAGCACCUUCAAUGUGUGGACCCUACUCCAGAUUUUUGUAGCCACCGACAAGGAUUUCAACCAGUGCACCAUCAUUCUCCAAAAGGUUUGAUAAGUGGCAUAUCAUCUUCAGUUAGAUCAAAGGAAUUUGGUGAGUCAAGAUUGAUGUCAGAUCUGAUGUCUACCUGUAGGGAGAAGAGCGUUGACAAAGACUUUAUUGGUUUGCCUCUUAAUUCGCAGGGAGAAUUAAUGCAGUUGCAUUCUAAUACUAAGUUUGUUUGCAGUGAUUUCUAUGAGAAGCAAAACUUGGUAGGGAAUUCUGUCUGUAGCUUCCCAGAUCCCAAUUAUGUCGAGCCAAGGAGUAGCCAGGUUAAAAUGAAAGGGAAAUUUCCUUGUGAAUCAUUGUACCAAAAGGAUCCACUAAGUUGGUCUAUGGAGCAAUACUACCCUGCUGGCAAAGUGGUAACAUCUGGGAUGGGUUUUACUGAUUUGCAAGGAUUUGAAAUAAUGGAAAUCCAGAAUCGUGAGAAUCAGGAUUUUGACCAAAUUAUUCAUCGUGAAACAAAUCAAACGGAAGUCUCUUGUUGUGGAUGCACAGAAUGUUAUAAAACUGAAAAUUACAUUGACAGAGUGAACUUCCACGUGGAAAAGAAUCUAGACAACAGGUUUCAACCCGCUAUCGAGCCAACGAUGCGUUUGAUGGGUAAAAAUGUCGCAGUUGGUAGAAGUAAUGAAGAAUGUCUAGGAUUUAAUGAUGGAAAGAGAUGGUCUGUUAAUGAAUUAGUAGCUCAAAACUGCCCCUCUGUAGCAGUGUCUGGUAAGCCCUUUAUGAAGAGAUGGCCUCAAGGGGAAUCAGUUGAGCAUGCAGAAUAUGUUUCAUCAAAAGAAAAUCUUUUCAAGUCAUUAGAAGUUCCCUCAAGCUUUUACUGUAUGCCAGUAACUGAAUUUAGUUCUAAUCCUAUGCAUCUUAAUUUUCAUCCACAAUGGAUGUCAAGAAGCUCAGCCAUUGGGAGUCAUGGUUAUAAUGCCGACCUAUUCUUUCAUUCAAUUCCUCAACAAUCGUUGAAGAAGACAUCCAGUUCUGCAGUCAAUUGUAACUCAGUAACUCAGCAUGUCACGAUGGGGCAUCAGCAACCAGUGGUGGGACCCUAUCCUCAGAAUGUGAGCCAGCAUAUGCUUCUAAAUUCUCCUCAUUGCAAGCACAGCCAAAGUGUUCCUUACAGUAUGUCAACUUUUCACCCUGCUUUUCCUGAUCAGGAAUGUAGAAGUCUUUCACGAACAUCUAUAGCUCAUUCUCCACCAACCCUUCCUCAUUGGCUGUUAAACGCAACACAUCAGAAGAAAAUCCAGCAACCAUCUUGUCCUUAUUCUGACCCACUUUCUGCAAAUCAACCCAGCAUUAUACGUGGAAAGAAUGUUUUCCCCUUUUCUUCUCCGUAUCCAGCACCUAUAAUUUCUUUACCAUUUUAUGGAAGCAAUACCUUACCUGGUCCAGUUCCUAUGGUUCACCAUUUAGCUAUUCCAGCCUUGGGGGCAAACAAGUCCCGCCCGGCAGGUAAUACCAGCCGUAGAAGCAAGAAGAAAAACAACAAUGGCACAAAAUUUGAAUUUGCAAAUGCUAAGGUUCUGGAUCUUACCAAUAAAACUAGAAAAAGGCCUGCAGUUAACGAUGAUACUUCUGUGAAUACUCUGAAGAAGGCAAAUCUAAAUAUGCAAGAAGGCUCGAAUGUUCCAAUAGACUCAGGGAGGAGAGAACAAAUGCAUGGACAUUCAAAAUGUAAUGUAGGAUCAUCAGAAAUCAAUGCUUAUGGGAGUAAGAUAACUGACAGGGAAUCAAUGCUACAUCUGGGUGAGAAAGGCAGUAUGGUCGCUACAUCUGGUUCUGGUGCUCCAAAUUUCAAUCCACAGGAAAGGUCAGGGUUUGUCAAACUUAGUGGAGGAGCAAAGCAUAUGUUAAAACCCUGUCAAGAUAUGGACCAAGAUAAAUCUCGACCGGUUCAUUCAACCGUACCUUUUGCUGUAGGAACUACCUCUGACAGGGAACCAGUUUCUCCAAGCAAAGCAUCAAAAUUGUACAGGUUUUAGAGGUUACAUGGAAGCUUCUAAAUGAUGUUUUCAUCUACAUGUUUCACAAAACUGCCUGUAAGCAGGAUACCUGUACUGUAGCUGAUAAAUAUUGUUGCUUUGGUCUGAUGUAAUAUGCUUAUGGUUCAGAGAGAUUUUAUCUAACAGUACCAUUUUGUAACUGACGCACAUGCAGCAAUGUAUUAUAAAACUAUCAGGUAUUUCUUAA